AUGGCGGAGUCUGCAAGAGCAAAGGGACAGUCGUGGUGGUGCGUGGAAUGCAGAAAGUACGUUCGGCACACCGCGGCCUUUUGUCCGGACUGUGGAAAACCAUGGAGGAUGGUGGCCUACAGUGGACAAGCAGAGGACUCAGCAUGGCAGGAAGGAGUGGAGCAGAGGUGGCAGCAGCCCUGGCCGGAGAGAGGAACUUCUCCAAGGCCCAGGCGACCCAAGUCACCUCGCACUCGUUCCAAAGGGGACAGCAAGGGCAAAGGCAAAGCGAAGGGAGGCAAGGAUCCGGGGAAGGCAAAAGGGUCUUCCGCGGGCGCUCUUGGCGCCAAGGACCUCUUAGAUGCCUUGCCGCGUGCGCCCUCUACCACACAGGUGACCAUGCCAGCGAGUUCUUCCGGAUCAGAUGGUCAGGACAAGACACCGGCGAUCAUGGAUCUUAUGCAGGCUUUGGCUGCAGUCAAGGAAGAGCUGCCUCAGUCUGUACGUUCGGCCCUCCAGAGUCACUUGGAAGAGGAUGCCAAGUUGACGUCACGGGGCUUGGACAAGCUGGUUUCGCAGCAGGCCCAGGCCAAGAAGGAGUUGCUUGCUAUCCGAGGGGCGGAGAACCUUCGGAAACUCGAGGAGUCCGAAGACAAAUGGCUGCAGCAGUUGCACAGCACAACGAAGGCCAUCACCUCCAGUUCGCAGAUGGACGAGGUGGUGGAUGUGGAAGCCAUGGAGACUGCUGUGGACGAGGAUGCGGCUCAGGAAGCCGCCAAGACGGAAGCUGCCAACAGAGCAUUGGCAGUGGAGGCGUCGCUAUCCGAAGCUCUGCAGAAGGCCAAGGCUGCUGCAGACCAAGAAGCCAAUGCGGGUGCGCCGAGAGAGCGUACGCCGCGACGAUCAGUGACCAGAGAGGACAAGACGGCCCCUGGACAGGGACUUUGUUCGCCUUGGUGGGCCAACAUUGUGGCCAUUUGUGUUGCUGCAGAGGUCAGGUUCGACAAUAUUCCCUUUGACUUUGCAGCGAGCCUUUUCGACGCGGUGGAUCCGCGUCUCGCGUGGCCAAAGGAGGAUGACGCUUGGGAGACUGCGCCUCCAGCCAUUGACGAGAACUAUGAAUACAAGGAAAUUUUCCUGCACAAGGCAUCUUUUGAUGGGACAAUGUGCCUUGAGGAACGCUUUCGGCAUGCUCUCCCCUCAAGCCUGGGAGGGCGCAAAGCUGGCAUUGCACUACGAGUCGAACUGGAUGGGAGUUCGGCCUUCUUCAAUGCCUGCAGUCGAGCUUUGAAUACGGUUCUGCACAGUUUUGGGAGUUGUACAGCUUUGCAGACCCGGGUGAGCCAGGACCUUUCUAGGAUCAGGUCCUCUUCACGACCGUGUGUCGCGUGCUUCCGAGGACCCUCCUCGCGCAUGGGUUGGCAGGAGGUUGAACUUGAUGUGCCGCAGACUACGGGGUAUGAUGGGGAUCGGGAUCCUUGUUGGUCCUGCUUCACAGGGAAGCCUGAAGUUUUCCAUAGGAUGUACAGAGGUGUUAGGGCGCUAAUGGGUAGCGAUCGCAGCAUCUCUAUUGCUUCCUCUGGCCUUGCCGGUGCUCGGGAUGGCUCCUUCAAGGUCGGCGUGGCGUCCUCCACAGACGUCUUCAGCGCAACAAACACCCUUUGGCAUGUGCAGUCUGUUGCUGUCACUGCCAAGACCUGCUACAGCCCAAGUGCUCACACGGAGGUUUCUCCUCCGCAAUACCCUUCCAGCCCUUCCAUGGCUGGCACAGUAGACGCAGUUUGUUGCCAGGAGCGCUCCAAGGCCGGUACCCUGUCGAACCUUUGCGCUCCUUCCUUUCCGCGGGCAGCUCCUGCUUUGCCUGCUCUGCCUACUGACAAACCAUGUGCACCGCGCGCUUCCCUCGCCCAGCCAAGUGUCACGGACUUGCACAUGAUCCUGGCUUCCCACGUGCAUGUUGGCCCUGCGUGGCUGACAGGGCCUUUCUUGCACUCCAGAGCCUUUGAUGUGACCCGACUCGGAAUAGGGUCAAAUGCCCAUGAUCAGGAGGCCAGGUACACGAUCUUAGAGUACCGAUGUGACACCAUCGUGCGUAGAGCCUUGCCUGACCGGUCCCCCAUGGAGUAUGUGGCGCAUGCGAUUCGUCAAGUGACAUACCGCGUGCACUCGGUAUUCUUCCUCGAGAUUCCCAUCCCCGGGUAUCCGUGCCCUCAGCUUGUGCUCACGCCUGUCGGGCUGCCUGCUGGAUACCGCACUGUCCCUGUCGACUUGCGUCCUAUUCAGGGCAUGCUCCAUGUCAUCAAAGCUGGCAGAGGUACUGAGGUUGAAGCACUUUGGCCGGUUUUGCAAGAUAAAGGGGUGGCAAACGCACAAAGGGCAGAGGAAGCCACUCGUGAUGGUCGGCUCCUCUUUCUGGAUCAAUCGGGUCAGGGUCAGCUGCAGCUCGCCUCUUUGCCGGACCUGCAAUGGCUUGAUGUUCGUCCGGCCGACCCUGUUGCAGAACAGCCUUUUGCCGUUGAGUAUGUUGGCGGGGGUCCAAUUGUUUUUCGGGUUAAUAGGCCUCCUCCUGCAUUUGCACCACCCCGUGGCUCUACGGCGGCCGACAUCGAGGCCAUGAGGGCAGCGGAUUGUGACUCCAUGGCGGCAUCCUCUACUGCCACCACGACCCUUAUGAAGGUUGGUUGCACAGGUCUUCCAACCGGCCCACACGAUCCGAGUACUGGGCCACCAGCAGCAGUGUUCCCGGAGAAGGAGCCUCCCUCCUUGCUGUUCCGCCACGAUGGAAUCGAAGCUGAGUCUUCUAGGUCGGAUAUCAAUGAUGACACGCCGCAGGUUGUUCCUGGCUUUCUGAGGACCGACAGGUUCCAACAGGCCAAUGUUGAUGCCUACUCAUGGGGUAUGGACGGGGGGCCAAGACAAUCCUUUACAGUCUUCGAUGUUGUGCGCCAUGCCACCACGGCCCCGAGACCUCGAGAAGGCACGCUUGCCGAGAUCAUUCGAUCUGCGGUGCUGGCAGCCCCUUUCCAGGUUGGUGCUGUGCAGGUCCUCAUGCAUGGCGUUAGCGGUCUCCCACAACCGCAGCUGGUAUUAUACCAACGCCAUCUUCCCAAUGGAUAUGUGCCCAUUCCGUGGGACCUCCGUCCGGUCGGAGGUGAGAUCUACACUGUCAACCACAAGCCACAGGAGUCGAAAUUGGACGCCAUAGCCAGGCUCAGAACGGCAAUGACCGACGCAGAGGGGCAAAGAGUGUGCGACCCCCUGGAAGCUGGGCACUUCACAGCUCUUGAUGCUGUCGGUAUCAUAGGGGCUGCGCUCCCCUUGGUGUUGACUGAGGUUCAACAUUUCGUGGUUGAACCGGCAUUCAAUGGCUUUGCUUUUCCUGCCGUGGUUGACCCAUGGGGGACCUCGCCGGCCCCCUUUUUCUGGCCGGUUGACGGGCCUCCUUCGACCUCCUCAACCACAUCAACUACAUCCACUGGCCCUGCUUCUGAUGUCGGCUCUUUCAGAUUCACCAUGCUUUACGGCCCACACACGCACAGUGCCGUUGUCCAAGCUCCCUGCCUGCAAGCUGACGCGAUCCUUGAAAGAUUAAUUCGUGAAGUGCUUGCCCAAGGGUAUCCAUACGAUGGGCCUUUCUUUCUGAUGAUGGCGGCUGGGCAGCCUGCUCCUGGGGACAACCAGCAAGAGGUAAUCUUCCUCUUGUGCAGCUCUGUGCAUGAUCGAACUGCCACGAUCGUGGUGGAUGAAAGACUGGGUGGUCAUCCCCUGUGCUCACAACGUGUUGCUCCGCAGACGAUGUGUGAUCGCCUGAUCACAGAUGCUGGCAUUCAGCAGGGGGUAUCAGUUGUGGUAAAUGGUGCCCCAGCUCGACUAGCCCCGAAAUGGGCUAUGCAGGGUGACUUUAUCCAGUUCGAUGAAGGACGCGGGCCGCCGCCCUUUACACCCACUAGCUGGAUUCUUCGGCAGCUCCCUGUGCUCUUGCCAUUCUCCUGGCCAUUGCAUGUCGGCGACGGGGUGUACUCGCUCGAUGUUCCAGGCACGGCGCGGCUUCGUAGACGUGCCCAGGGAACUUUCCACCCUGCUGAAGGAGGCUGUCUGGUUCUAGGUAUUCACCACGGACCAGUUGCUUUCAAUCUUGGGCAGCCUGUGGUUCCAUCCUUGGAUGAGAUGCAGACAGGCCUUGCCCUGCUCGAGGACUGCCCGCCGGCCAUGUUGGAAACAUACCGCACUUCUGCGACGAGCAUCUCAGAACGCACGGUGUUCGUCUCUGCUCCUUCGCAGUUUAUGUUUCGCACAGUACCGGCUCCAUGUUUGGAUUUUGCAGGGCACUAUGUCGCUUAUGCGGUACGGCCAGAGCAUAUCGAGCUCCAACUGGCCCUGCCGCAAGGUGUGGCAUACCGGCGGCCACAGAGGAGACACGAGCAUGGUGACCUGCUUGAGAUAUUUAGAGUGGCGAGAUGCGCAUGGCCACUGAUUUUCUACAUGGAGCAUAGGCUGCCUUUUCCCCCGGCUGUCCUUGCUGCGGUUGCGCCACCACCGCAACCUCAACCUCAGCAGCCUCAGCAGCCUCAGCAGCCUCAGCAGCCUCCGCCCCGUGGCGGAACUGCACUCGCGCAGCUUCCUGAUUUUCGAGGCAAACAGCGCAAGCGCUGCGAGCAACUUCAGAAGCUGCAUCCCACAGUCUCCUGUCCAUGCAAUGAGGGCGCAUUUCAGUGUGACGGGAGUCAGAUUGAAGAACGCCGCGUUGACAACACCAUGCCAAGCCCUUCGAACCCUCCACAACUUCAGGUGGUUCCUACUCCCUUCGGGCGUAGGCGACUCACCACUGGGACGGCAAAGGCUUCCUUUUCGGACGGCGCGGCGCCGCGGCAGCGCAUUGACCUUGCUAGUGCUCUCCCGAUAGAAGGCCCUGUUCAGGAUCUUCGGUGUUGCCUUGGUGCUUUGGCCCUUCCUUGGUUGGACUUCCUGCAUCAGGACCUAAGCCCGGUCGAUGACAUUCCGGAUUCCUUCUGGCAGGCUUUGGCACAUUGUGAGGUUCCUGCUACCAAACCCACACAUGUACACCUGUUUGUGGACGGAUCCCAACUAAAACAAGUCCCCGGGCAGCCCUGUGGCUGGGGACUUGUGGUUGUAUACGAGUUUGCCUUGCCAGACAGACGAGCCUUUGCCUUUGGGGGUUCUGCUGGCGGUAAUCUCGAACCGUUCCUCGGUAGACCAUUGGGGGCCACACUUGAUUCCUUCAAUGCUGAAGUGGCUGCUGCUAUUGUCGGUGUUUGUUGGUCCUUGGCUUUGCCCCAUGGCCUCCAUGCUACGGUGUGGUGUGACUGCUCUGCUGUCUGUGGCAUACUGCAAGGCGUGAUGUCGGCCAAGGCCGGUACCAGUUGCACUUCUCUUGCCCAGCGACUUCGUUUCAUUGCUCAAAUCAAGGAGCAUCGUCCCGGAGGUGGGGGGAAGGCUAAUUGGCUACCGGGCCAUUGCGGUAACCCCUUCAACGAACUUGCUGACCGCGUGGCCAAGGCAGGAGCAAGGCAUUGCCUCCACCAAAAGCUCCCGACCGCCCUCUGGAAGUUGCUCCAGCAUGAUCUACUGUCGUGGGCAUGGCUCGAAGUUUCCCACAACUCUGCCUUUCCGACACUCGAGGCCCUUGUGUCGGGGAGAUACGAACCUCGUACCCUCAAGAACAAGCAGCUGGCCGAUCGUGGGGCCGGAGUGAUCGGUCUCCAGGAGACCAGGUCCACCCAAGCGCAGCAGAUUCGAGGACAGACUUUCUUCGAGUUCUCUUCUGCGGCGUCUCAAGGAGAGGGCGGAUGCUCCAUACUGUUCAGCCGGGUUCAGCCUUACGCUUUCCAAGGCAAACGGCCUUUGCUUUUUCAGAUGGAGCAUUUUACCUGCCUGCAUGCCGCACCGCAAUGCCUGGCGAUACGGGUACACGCACCAUUCUUGCAGGCGGUUUUUGUGUCUGCGCACGCGCCCACUUCGGCGCAUCCCCUUUCAGAGCGCACACAAUGGUGGAAGGACCUAGCCCAGCACGCUUGGAUGAAAGCCUUCUCUGGGCGCAUUAUCCUCCUUGUUGAUGCCAAUGCUCAGGUGGGGUCAGUUGUGACCGAGGGCAUUGGCCGUCACGCUGGAAGCGUGGAAAAUUCCUCAGGCGCCCUGUUUAGGGAAUGGGUUGCGGAGGCUGAGGGUUUUGUUCCAUCCACCCACUUUGAUGCUGCCGGCGACUGUGUGCCCUCAGCUCUUGAAGGCACUUGGGUGUCCCCAUCUGGAUGUGAGUACCGACUUGAUUACAUCGCCUUUCCGAUGGCAUGGAGUUGCCGGGCUCUGGCCCCAACGGUCUGGAGAGACUUCGAGCUCCUCAACAAAGAUCAUUUUCCCGUUGUGGUCGAUGUUUCCUUUGAGAUUGCUGGGCAACUCCGUGCUAGCCAAAAGCGUCACUCUGCCCUUGUUCGCGACCCCGAGGAGUGGCCACGGCAGGCUGUUGAACAGUUCGCACAAGGUCUUGCCAGCCUUGCUCCGGCAGCUUGGUCUGUGAAUGUGCAUGAGCAUACCGAGGCGCUCUUUUCCCAGGUUCUCGAAUUAGGGGUGCUAUGCAAGCCUGCCCGUUUCAGGCGCUGUCGGGCCUUCGUUUCGGAUUGGUCGCGGUGGUGGCUCGAGGCCACCAAGUACUGCAAAAAAGCCAUAACGAAUUGGUCGGCUCUGGCCAAGAGGCUUGAGCGCCAGCUCGCCCAAGGGAUGCCGGCGCGCUCUUCAGAAGGUUGGGAUCUGCGGCAGGUGCGUGACCUGCUCAGCUAUGCUUGUGCGACCCUGACUUCUUGCCGCAGAGAGCUCAGGCGCAGCCUGCAGUUUGAUAAAGGGGCCUUUGUGAGGCGAGCGCACGACCGCCUAUGCAAUUCUGCAGAUCCCUUCAAUGCUAAGGAGUUCUUCAAGGCCUUACGCCUUCUGCGCCCACCGGGCAAAAAAGUCCUCAAGCCAUUCUCCGUUCUACGUGUUGCUGACUGCUUGGAUGAUUCCUUCCAAGGGCGGUUGGCUGCACAGCAGGAGCAUUUCGCGAGCCUUGAGGCAGGCAUCAAAUGCACCAUACAAGAAGUGCUGCAGCCAGCACCUGAUCCGGAGGAUGAUGCCAGGUUUGCUCUUGCGGAACUUCCCACCCUAGCCGAUGUUGAGUGUAGCAUCCGUUGCUUCAAGAAAGGGAAGGCGCCAGGCCCUGAAGGUAUCCCAGAUUGGGUGUGGACCUUGCAAACAGAGAAAGCUGCCCAGCUUCUUCUGCCUCUGUGCCUGAAGACACAUGUUCGUUUGUCCGAACCGAUCAAGCUGAAAUCCACCCAGCUUAUCGCCCUCUUCAAAGGUGGUUCCCCUUCGAAGGUCGACUGCUUCAGAGCCAUCGAGCUCAUGGCAGGUCCGGGCAAGCUUCUUCGGAAGCAAUUGCGUUCCGCUCUCAUUAAGGCCCUGCCGGCAGCUGAGUUUCAGCAAGGUGGUCUUCCUGGCUCGUUGUUGCAAGGGGCCCACCAUGCCCUCCGCACCCACCUGGCUUUUGCGCACUCUCAGAAAUUUUCCACUGCGGCAAUAUUCAUGGACGCAUCGCCACACUGCCAGCGGAUCUUAUCCGAGUUCCUGCGUGGCACCCACUUCAGCCUCCGUGGAUCUGCCGAUGUUUACCGUACCCAGGCGGGCACACGACCGGGGGAUGCCCUUGCGGAUGUCCUUUUUGCCAUGGUGCAGGCGGACUUCCUCACUGCUGUUGAACGUCGGCUGUUGGAUGAAGAGCUUUUGUCGGACCCCGUCUCUGAGGCUGCCUUCUCUAGUCCAAAGUUGAUCGCACCUACGUGGGCGGACGACGCUGUUCUCCUUCAGGCCUCUGCCAACGCUGAGAUCCAACUCGCCAAAACCACACGCACAAUGGUGAUCCUGCACGAGGAAUUCCUGCGGCGUGCCAUGCUUCCCAACUACAAGCGCGGCAAGACUGAGAUACUGUUUGCCUUUCGGGGUAAGCAGGCACCAGCUCUGAGGCAGAAACUCCUGAUCAAGCAGGGAGGAGUGCUGCGUUUUGAUGCUAAUGGUGCCUCUAUUGCCGUUUGCUGUGUUAAGCGCUAUGUUCACUUGGGCGGGCAUGUGACUGAACGUCCGGGCGCGGCCGCCGACAUCCUGCAACACGUCGCUGCAGCAACAGCCGCUAUUCGGCCCCUGCGACGCGCUGUUCUGCGUGAUGAGGGUAUACCCCUACCUGUACGCAAGAUGUGCCUCUCGUCGUUAGCCCUUAGUACGGCUUCAUCGACGGCUGCAACCUGGGGUCGCCUCAACCUUGCUGAGGCCAAUACCUGGAACCAGGGAUAUGUCAGGUUGCUCAGAUCUCUGAGUUGGGACGACAGGUUCACCGGGUGUCCCUCGCUGCCGGGGGAAAAAGACGUGUGCAGGCACUUCCGCAUGCCCUCACCAAGAGUCUUUCUUCGUGUUCAAAGACUGCGGCACUUUCAGCGCCUUGUGUUGACGCAGCCCUCUCUUCUUGACCUGCUUGUCACCGAGCACCGGCUUUCGCCGACUACUUCAUGGCUAGGCCUCCUGCAGGAGGAUGCUGAAUGGCUGUGGGGUCUAUCUGUGAUUCCGGCAGAGGCCAAGCAGUUCCCAGAAGGUUUUGCCGAAUGGUCGUUGCAUCACCCGGCAGCUUUCCGCACUGCCACACGGCAUGCCUCCAUGGCCUUACUCCAGCCACACUACGAGUCUGCCUGGGCUGAUCCUGAGACCUGUAGCCGACUACCCUCGGCCAAGCCUUGGUCCUGUACCAGUUGUGGUGCCGCCUUUGCGAGCCAUCAGCAAUUGACCGCGCAUCGCUUUGCAGUCCACGGACAACAAUGCGAAGCACGUCGCAUAACACGUGGCACCAUUUGCCACGUGUGCUUCACACAAUUCUGGUCACGAGCGCGGCUUUUGCGUCACCUUCAGCAUGACUCGCCGAAGUGCCUGUCCUGUUUGUCGGCACACCAGAUUGUUGAACGUGCUGAUGACACGGUCGCACCAGACCCCACUUUGUCAGACCUCCCGAGCACCAAACUUGUCGGGCCCAAAUUGCCUCUCUGGCAAUCUGUAGGAGAGUUGGCUAGUGCGCUGCUAGAUAACCCUACAGUUCGACACGCUUGGAAAGGCAAGUGGGUGUCACCUGCGAUGGAGCAGUGGCUGGAUGCAGCUGCGGCCAUUGAUGAGCAGGAUUCCUAA